AUGAAACUGCUCAAGUUCGUCAACAGCGACGCGCCGCACACGCUCGCCGAUGCGCAGCUGCGCAACAACUGCCUCUGCUUCCCCGGGAAGCACGGCGCCGCGCAAUUCGCGAAGACGUGGUCCAUCGACACCGCGCCCGCCUCCUUCCAGGGCGGCUACUGGCUUCUAGAUGACAACAACAGCCCAAUCUGCGAGGUCACCGACGUCUUGCUGGCGAUGCCGGCGUCUGCCGCUGCGGACGCCGCCGCCUCCGCCACCGAGGAUGGGUUUGCGCAGACGAGCUCGUCCGUCACUCGUCCCCGCGGCGUCUCGGAUGCAGAGGUGGACGGGAUUGACUUCCGCAGCAAGAUGGGCCGUCAGCUGGAGCGCGAGCGGGGGACGUACGGUGCCACCUCCAAGAACGCCUCCAAGUCCGCACGAGCGAUGAUGAACGCGGAGGAGGUCACGGAGAAGACUCACGACCGCAUGAAGCGCGCUCGCGAGGCGCUGGCGGAUGCGAUCGAGAACAAUGACCCGACCGUGACGGAGAAGAAGGGCGGCAAGCGGUCGAAGAAGCAAUAA